AUGUUUUCAGAGACCGACCGUACUAGCAGUUACUCUAAGGCCACGAGCACACAGUCUAAAGCGAAGCGAAGCAAAGCGGAGCAAAGCGGAGAAAAGCGGAGCAAAGCGGAGCAAAGCGGAGCAAAGCGGAGCAAAGCGGAGCAAAGCGGAGCAAAGCGGAGCAAAGCGGAGCAAAGCGGAGCAAAGCGGAGCAAAGCGGAGCAAAGCGGAGCAAAGCGGAGCAAAGCGGAGCAAAGCGGAGCAAAGCGGAGCAAAGCGGAGCAAAGCGGAGCAAAGCGGAGCAAAGCGGAGCAAAGCGGAGCAAAGCGGAGAAAAGCGGAGCAAAGCGGAGCAAAGCGUAGCAAAGCGGAGAAAAGCGGAGCAAAGCGGAGAAAAGCGGAGCAAAGCGGAGCAAAGCGGAGAAAAGCGGAGCAAAGCGGAACAAAGCGGAGCAAAGCGGAGAAAAGCGGAGCAAAGCGAAGCAAAGCUAAGCGUAACGCAAAAGACACAAAAACCAAAGCAUAA